UGUCCCUCAGAAGGGGGCGGGGAAUGUUACCUUCGGGACUGGAGAGAGAAAGGAGGCGGAGCAGGAGGCGGUGGCAGUUUCGGCAGCCCCUCAACCUCCUCCCUCCAUUAUGGCGACACAGCAAUAGACAGAAAGGGAAAGAGGAGCGACUGCGCAGAGGUGCCGCCCCCUCGCCUCACACUUGAGUGAGCGCGGGGGAACCCGGACCGGAGCGAGUAAGCGGCCUCUGAGGCGGGUGGCCGCUCCCGCUCCCCUCUCAUCUGGUGGUCAGCACGGGAGAAGAAUGGCUGAAACGGCGGGGCUGAGCCCUUCGGCAACGGCAACAGCUCCAACGUUAACCCCCACAGCGGCGGUAGCUGCUGGAGCCUGCCCGGUCGCUGCUUCUGUCGUCGUAUCGAGAGACUCGCAACGGUGGAGGCGACGCCGCAGCCCCGGAGCCGCCAGCUGAAGCGCUGCUCUGCCCCCUUUACUAGCCCGGGGCUCGUAGUGGAAGGACAAGCGGGCGGUUCGCUCUCCCCUACUACACCCUGCCGGCGGACCCCAGUGAGGGUAUCGGCCGAGCCUGACAGGAGCCUCAGCAAGAGGAGGAAGAAAAAGGAGGCGGCAGAGGAAGACGAACUAUGGGUGCUAAACAGAGCGGCCCGGCUGCCGCCAAUGGCCGAACCCGGGCUUAUUCUGGGGGGGACUUACCUUCCAGUAGUAGCAGCGGCGGCGCUAACGGGACUGGCGGGCGGCCGAUAGGCGGCGGCGGAGCGGGAAGGUACACGCACCUGGCGCCGGGAGUCCACCACGCGGCCCCCGGUGGCUCAGCAAGUGGAGGGGCGGCGGCGGCUCCCCCGGUGGCAGCGCCCAGGAGCAGGUCUUUGGGUGGGCCAGCCGCCUCUGGGACUCGAGCCGUACAUUCUGCCUUCAACAUCCCCAACAGCAGCGGCCUCUAUGGCUCCCAGGACUCGGUCAACAGCACCCCCGAUGAAGGGGGGCGGGAACGGGCCGCGGCGGGAGGCGGUAGCGGCGCUGGAGGACAUAGCGGGGGCAGUGGGGGACCCCGGCUAGUCAUCGGCUCGCUGCCUGCCCACCUUUCCCCUCACCUGUUUGGAGGAUUCAAGUGCCCUGUUUGUUCCAAGUUUGUAUCGUCAGAUGAGAUGGAUUUACAUCUUGUGAUGUGCUUGACAAAACCAAGGAUAACUUAUAAUGAGGAUGUGCUGAGUAAAGAUGCUGGGGAGUGUGCAAUAUGCCUGGAAGAGCUGCAGCAAGGGGAUACAAUAGCACGAUUGCCUUGUCUAUGCAUAUAUCAUAAAGGAUGCAUAGACGAAUGGUUUGAAGUAAACAGAUCUUGUCCUGAGCAUCCCUCAGAUUAACCGCAGAGAUUCCUGUUUUUUGUAGUCUCUCACACUGAUCAUCACAUGUAAAGGAUUUCGAGUGCCAUCUUCAGAUGCUAAUGUGAGACUGGACUUCUGUUCACUUUGAACUGGGAAGAGAUGGAGCAUGACAUGGGACAAAUGAUAUAAAGUUGGGAGCUCAGUGUACCAGCACUCAGCUAAAGGAGACACAGGAAUUCUGAAAAUGCUGCACAUCCCGGAGAAGUAGUCUUCCCACAGACUUUACAGAUAAUAUUUUGUAUCUACAGGCCAAAGUUACUAACUUUCAGUUAAUUUUUUUUAAAGCUAUCUACAGAAGCAAGAUGUUCUCACAUUGUUUCUUGAAUGGAAGCUGUGCGCUCUAGAUCAAGACUCUGGGACGUUAUACAAGGAAGAUGCCAUUUGGGGGUGAAAUCUCCUCUUAUGCACCAUGAGCUGGGGAGAGGGGAGUAAAAGCAAACUAUGAAGUACAUACAGUCAAGUGGUGUGAACUUGCUCAUGAAAUUCCACACCCUCUAUGCUGUUCAUAUUUUUUCUGUGAAAGAAUCCAACAUUCCUUGAUUUAGGGUUUUUUUUUGUAAGUAAAGCUUUGUCAGAGUGCAGCCCAAAGAGCAAAAUGUAAUCAAGGCAGAUCAUUAAUUGACAUUGUUGAUCAAACUAUAGAGUUAAUCAAAACCUACAUACUGUGUUCAUUUCCGUAUAAAUAUACUAAAUUCACUUUUACUGCUUGUGAGUAUCAAUGCAGCAGCAAAAAUAAAAAGCAUAAUUUAGGAGCUAUGCAAUUUUUUUAAAAAAAUCAGAAGGAAAUAAGAAUUACCAUCUCAAGUGCUGCCAGUUAAGGUAAUUUAACGGGUAUUUUUAAAAAAAUGUUUCAGGUAGUUAUUUUCUUGUACUAUUUUAAUCUCCAGGCUGACCCUCUUUAGUUGAGUAGUCACAAAGAUGGGCAAAGUGAGACAUUUCAUGGGGAUGGGACCUGGAUUGACUUUUGUAUGAUUUUGGUUUUUUGUUCAAGGUUGUCUCGAUGGCAGAUCAUAGUAAUUUGUGUCCAGUGCUAUUAGUCAGGCUUUUGACAGUGGUUAUGAUUUUAUACCCAAUUAUUCAUGCUUCAUUCCAUUGAUAUAAAUGGGCAUAAGCAUGCAUAACCAUAGGCAUAGGAUUGAAGGAAGCACCUAUAUUUCUUGAACCAAUAAAACUUUAUGCUGCUGUGGCUUACCAUAAAUUGUAGAAUGAGUUAUGUGGGAUAGGGUAGGCAAGAAGCUCACUAAGUAAAAUUGUGAGCUGUUAAUAAUAUAUUUGUUUCCACAAAAAAGGAAGCAAUUAAAGUACCUUGUAAAGUUUGUAACAGAAUGGAAAAGCGUUGAAUAAAAAUGAGUGAAAUUUUUCACGUGUUUAGGUAGCAAAAAUAAGAUUCUCACAUUAUUUGAUUCUUAAGAAUUUAAUUUGGCUUCCCUUAAGACCAUUUCCAGUCCCAUUUCUACUUAAUUGUGUUAAUUUGCAAACAUGCAGGUGUCAAAACUGCUACUGUUACCUUGCACACAAAUGUGUGUGUGUGUGUGUAUGUGCAGGCACAUUCAGUUCCCUGUUACUCAUCCACAUCUCUCAAAAAAACCAAAACGAGUGUACAAUCCACUGAUAACAUCUUCAGCAAUUGUUUAAAUUUUCAUCUGUAGCAUGCAAAGUACAGCAGGCACUGCUUUCUUCAGGAUGAGGAGGACUAGGCACUUACAGUAACUAUAUUCCUAGUUUAUUCAGUAUGCUGCAAUGGACAGAACUAGAUGUUUGGCAAACACAAUUCCCAAUCCUCUGUUUGCUUUCCAUGUGUAAAUAAAAGGGUCACGGUGGGGUAUUUGCAAAGGAGCAGCAAUGGUGCAAGUGUUUGACUCUUCUCCUGUCCACUAGUUUUCUUUGGAUGUUCUUCCUCCUCCCCAUUUGGUUUUGUCUUUCUUGUUGGGAAAGCUAAUCGUAUAGCCAAACUCAAGGAAAACCAUCCAGGGAAGGACUACAGAUGAAAAGUAGCAGGUGGAGAAGGUGUAAGUAGCUGUCUGCCCUGCAAAUGUCUCCUGCACCCCACUUUUUACUUUGGAGGCACCCCAUGUUUGCCACCUAAUAUUUUCUUCUGUCCAAUGAAAGGAAGCAAUGCAGUGGUUUCUGGUGGCGCAUGGUUGUGAAAUUUUAUUAGCCUGUAGGUGACAUAUUACUAUUUCCUGGUGUUUCAAAUUACUGUAUUUUUAUAAUGCCAAUGUUAAUGCAAGACUUUAAAUAUUGCAGCUAUCACAUAUGACAGCACUGUGUUUACUAUUCAGGGAUAUCCCCUCCCUUGAACUUAAAUCAGAGUCUCUGUUGUAGCAAUUGUGAUUCAAUAAUUUUUCAAGGAUCAUUAGUGCUGGUGCCAGAUGCUGAGGUUGGGACAAUCUAACCAAGCCAGUAAUUUAGAAGUAAAUAUACUUAUAACCUACCCUAACUUCUCAGACGUCAUCUUUUCCAGAGUUCUAUUGAAACUUUACAUAUUUAUGUAUACACACUGGUAGAAUUCCAGAACUCUUAAGAGGUAUAUAAAUAUACCUAUUAAAAUAUCAGGGAGCCAAGAUUGGCUGUGACUCAAGUGUACAGAUGUGGCAACCUUGAGGUUUAAUGCCAUGUAAUUUGUAAAUGGCCCUGAAAUGUAAGUAUUUCAGAAUGGGCAUUUUACAGUCAGAUUUUCCCCCCACUUGUGUCGAUUAAUUCAAGUUUCUCCAAGGAAUUGGGAAAACACUUCCUUGUUCACUUGAGGCCUCAGAAGCUUUUAUUCCAUUCCAUUUGCUCACCUUGCAAAAGUAGAUGCAUGCUUAUAUUGCUUGCAUACUCCAAUAUGCUUUUUAUAAAUCCAGAAACUUGUUUCUGUUGUCUUUUUCUGUUUGUUUCCUUGGAUGGUUUUGAGGCAGAGUGGGAUUUUCCUGACAGUUUUGCUUUGUAAAGCAGACAUGCUGGUAUGGAAAGUUCCCACUUCACCAUUGCCAAUGAGUUAAUUUCAGUGCUGAUCUUCUUGAUAGCAUACCUUGCUAUUUAUACUUCCUUGUCUUAGUCUUUAAGCUUCAGAUCUCAUUCCUACUUGCUUCCUCCUUCUAAGUCAGUGCACACUACGGUCUAAGCCUUAUUCUACUCUGUCUGCCUCCUUUAUUUGAGCAAACUCAUUUGUUGACCUCAGUUAGCACUCUGUUACACAGAUCUCGCCAGAGGAGGAGCUUUUUCUACAAUUUUGGCUACAUCCAUUUCCUUAUGCCCAAUAGGGGUAGCUUUCCUUAGAUGACUCUGGCUUCUGAUCCAGCUCUGUGCAGUGAAACUCAAAAGCCCCAAACUGUGUAGCCAGAUUAUUUUAAGUACACUGUCUGCCCUGUGUUCUGCUGGAUAUAUUGAAAAGACAGAAGUGCAUUGUUCUAAAUUAGCCCAGUCAUGAAGCCAAAUUUGUGGUUGCAGUUCAGAAGCAGAACAAUAUAAGCUGCUGCUCUUAGAAAAUUCUCAAGCUGAUGGAAGACAUUAUCUAGAGUACACUGGUAUGUUUAGUGCCACAGUGGUAGAAACUGUAAAAAUACAAUAUUAAAUACUCAAAGCUGUGUGUCCAGCAUUUAUUUGAAAAACUGACUUCAUUUUGGUACUCCUUUUCUAUGUCUCUCAGUAGACAAUAGCUCCCUAUGUGUCUGAAAGAGAUGGUAUCAAUGAUGUUCAGAGGUUGCUUGUUAUCAGCCCAGUUUUUCAUAUGUGGCAUUUGUUAUGUGUUUAAGGCAUAGCUUCAGCAAAGAUUUUGCUUUGAAUUCUAGGCUGCAAACAUGAAUUACUAGUCACUAAAUUGUGUUGACUGACCGAUAGGGGUCAAUUUUAAUCUAUUGGAGCAAACGUUAAGUGAAGGUGCUGAGAGUUAAGGGUACAGGUGCUAAUUUUUGAGGCUAUGUUUUGGUUCUGGAGUGUCCCAAUGAUAGAAAGAAAAAAGAAAACAGUUGAAGAUGGCAUUCUAAUGAAAAGUGGCUUGCUUUAUUAAGUAGUUGGAUACUUUGCACUUCCCUUCAAUAUCUCAAAAGGCACCUAAUACUGAAUCUUUAAGUAACAGUAAUAUAUUCAGACUCAGUGGAUUCGUCAAGUCAGAAAGUAUCAAUCAACUAAAUGAUUGAUUGCCCUUGAUUCUAUACACUGCAGCAUUUGAAAGAGCUAUAGAGUGAAUCCUUGUUGAAUCCUUAAACUCCAUUUCAUUAGUGAAAACAUUUCCUCUAUCCCUUUUAAGUGUUGGCAGUGACAAUGUAUUUGUUCAUGUAAGCUGCAAAAAGUGGUUCCUAGGCAAAUUAUAUGAUCUGCAGUUUCAAACUACAAACCUUCAGGGAAUCCUUUGUAUGUUAACUUUACUGCCAAGGAGCCACUGUGUGUUGCAGAGAACUCUGGGGAGUGUUCUAAGACACUUUCUCACUUCAAGAGGUUCUGACCAGUCCUGUUGAGCCUCACCAUGCCUUUGCAUGAACUGAGGCUGUGCCCUUUAACACACCCAGAACUUACCUAUAGCUGUGCAUUGCAGGCCAGAAUUUGUAGUGGUGGGCAUACUGGCUUAACAGAAAAAUUCUCUACCUUUCUCUUCUCAUUGUGAAACCUCUGAUAGGCUUCCUAGAACUUUUCUGAAGCAUAGCAUGGACCACUGGUAUAAGGUAUGUACUCAUCAAAAUGAGGCUGAAAUUUUUAUUUGACAUAGGAAGCAGGAUUCCACCAGCAGUAGCUGUGAGAAGAUAUGAGAAUAAUUUGAAGAAUGGAAAGGGAGAGCUAAGCAGUUAGACAGCACAUUUGAACAAAGUUAAGUUGCCAACCCUAAUUUCUUAACAAACAAUGAUUCAGGACUUACUAUUCUGACCAAGAGUGUGAGCUCUUCAAACCAUUAAACUCCCCUCUGAUUGAAAAAAAAAGUACCCACUAUGAAUUUCUACAACAUGUUAGAUGGAACUCUGAGCGUGAAACCACCUAACAUUUGGUAGUGGCAAUGGGCAAGAGGUCUUCCUUCAUUACCCUGCUGAUAAACAAGAAUGUAAUUAGUGGCAUCUAAUGUAACAUGUAUUUGUAACUUUUUAAACUGAGCUAUAUGGUUGGGGAAAUGAGCAUUUUUUAAAGGUGCAUCUUGUAUUUGGUCUGCCAGUAUACAAUCAUAUGAUUUUUUUUCUUUUUUUACUGAUCUAGGUUGUAUAUUUUAACAUUCCAUUUCUGUAAAAUAAUGUACAACAAUAUGUUAAUAAAUCUUUUAAAGCUCA